AUGAAGUUUACUCUGAUUGCUACUGCUACUAUGGCCUUGGUCGGUAUGGUGUCUGCUAUCCACCCAAUUCACUCUUGUACUCUUCUUCACACCGCUAGCUCUGGAGAAUCUUGCAAGGCUCUCGCCCAGAAGUAUAAUGUCUCGGUUGAAGACCUACGCAGCUGGAACCACGGUCUGACCAACUCCAGUGAGGAUAGAUGCCUUAACCUUUUCCCUGGUGUCCCUUACUGUGUACUGGCUUCCGAUCCAAAGGUCAAGCGUACUUUGUUUGCCAAGAGAGCUGCAAAGACUACCAAGAAGUCCGCGAAGAAGACUACAAAAAAAGCCAAAAAGACCACCAAGAAAGCCAAGAAGACCACAAAAAAAGCCGCCAAGAAGACCACCAAAAAAGCAAAGUCUCCCAAGAAGGCUAGUCUUAACAUCGCCAACCGCACCGACCCCAACUGCAAAAAGUAUCAUGUUGUAAAGAGUACCGACAGCUGCUACAGCGUUGCAAAGGUCAACAACAUCUCUCUAAACAAGUUCUACAGCCUCAACCUCGGUCUCCACCACCUUGGUGAUCACAUCUGUGACAACCUUGACACCGGCAAGGCUUAUUGUGUUGCUGUUUAAAUAUCCAUCAAUAUCACUUGUAAAAAAUCCUCAUUUUUGUAAUAGUAAAAUAAAUAAAGAUUCAAAAAAUAUAAAGC